GAGAGGAGGAGAGCAGAAGAAGAGACAGGGAGAGAAUGAGAGAAAGGGGGAGAGAGAGUACAGAGGGAUAUAUUGGCUCAAAGCUGGUCUGCAUGCUCCAGUGUGUGAGAGACAGAGGACGUGAGCGCAGGCAAGAUGGAGUGCUGGCACAGAUGAAGACUGUCCCUGGUCCCCUUCGACAGUGCACAUGAGCGUCUCCAAACCCCCACCGCUCCCCUCCACCUCCCACUUGGCCCUCCCCGCUUCCUCCACCCCUCCCUCAUCUGCCACCUCCCCCUCAGCGACACCCCACCACACUGGUCCGCCCCCUCCCUCACCGGUCAAGAUCUCUAUGCAGGAGCACUUUGCCAUCAACGUGUGCCCGGGCCCCAUCCUCCCCAUCCCACAGAUCUCAGACUUCUUCCCACGUUUCCACGACUACCCCUGCACGCCGCCGCCUCCGAGGGAGAAAAAGAUCCUAAAAGAGGAGACUUUCAACGGGGAUAUGGGCGUAGGAUUCAAGGAUGGGGAGAGGAGGUUGGACAACAAUGGAGACAGGGAGGAGACAGUGGACUCUGAUGAUGAAGACACCUACCUGGGAACAUUGGAGUUCACCCUGCUCUUUGAUCAAGAGAACAACUGUCUACAUUGUACUAUUAACAAGGCAAAGGGACUGAAAGCCAUGGACUCCAAUGGACUGGCUGAUCCAUACGUCAAGCUUCAUCUUCUCCCCGGGGCUAGCAAGGCAAACAAGCUACGCACAAAAACCCUGAAGAAUACGCUGAACCCAAUAUGGAACGAGGAGCUGGUGUAUCAUGGCAUCACAGCAGUCGACAUGACCACCAAAACGCUCAGGCUGUGUGUGUGUGACAUGGACAGACUCGGACGUAAUGAAUUCAUUGGAGAGGUGAGAGUGGCUCUGAAGAAACUGAGAGAGGGCGAGAACAAACGCUACAAUAUGGGCCUGGAGAGAAUUACACAGAAUAAAGAAGCUAACAAUCAACCAGUGGAGCCGGGAACGGUCGUGGCAGAAGAGGAGCGUGGCCGCAUCCUGGUGUCACUGUGCUAUAACACAGAGAAGGGCUGCCUGCUGGUUGGGAUAAUACGCUGUGCCCAUCUGGCCGCCAUGGACUCCAACGGCUACUCUGACCCCUUCGUCAAAAUCACCUUGCAGCCAGAUAUGGGGAAGAAAUCCAAGAACAAGACUACCGUGAAGAAAAAGACUCUCAACCCCGAAUUCAAUGAGGAGUUUUCAUAUGAAGUUACCUUGGACCAGCUGGCAAAGAAAACCCUGGAGAUCUCGGUGUGGGACUACGACUUGGGAAUGAGCAACGACUUCAUAGGUGGAGUGGAGCUGGGAAUAAAUGCAAGCGGACAGAGACUCAGACACUGGUUCGACUGUCUCAAAAACAAAGGGAAGAAAGUGGAGUACUGGCAUACGCUCACACAGCAAGGAGCCCCGAGCAGUGACAAACCGGACUAGAUUACACAAGACAUUCACACACACACACACACACACACACACACACACACACACACACACACACAACACACACACACACACACACACAAACAACAAACACACGCGUGCA